GAAAAUUCUGAUAUACCUACAAGUUAUGUUAGAAUGGACGUCGAAAAAUGGAGAACUGCUAUACCUUUUAAUGUAACAAAGCUAUCACAAAACUCAACAAUUAUCUCGGUUAUUGCUUCUCACUGGACAGAAUUUUAUGAUACGUUUAUUCCAAGCCUUGAAACACAUGUUCCUAUUGCAUCAUUUGAUGGGGUCCAUAAUAACACUGAUUGGAACUUUUAUCCUGAAUGCUCGAAUUUAGAUUACUUUGAAAAGAAAAAUUGCAUAGUUUCUAAAUACCCAUUUUAUUUGUCAAUUGAAAGCUUCCCAGAAAAUGAUUAUUCUACUGAAAAGCUUUGGGAUACGUUUAAUUUAGGUGUCGUGCCUGUUAUAUGGGGAGCGCCUAAUACUCUAUCAUACUUACCACAUCCUAAAUCUGCUAUUUUUAUUGAAGACUUUCCUGACUCUGAGGCUCUUGCAAAUCACUUGAAAUAUUUAGUUAGAAAUGAGACCGCGUAUUUAGAAUACCAUGAGUGGCGGACUAUGACGAAUUUGUCUGAUCAUUUUAUGAAAAAAUCAUACAUGAGCAUGUAUAACCUUGAAUGUAAUGUUUGUAGGGAAGUUUCUAGAUUAAAGAUUAUAGAAGGAUAUAAUAAAUAA